ACAGAAGUCCUGCAGAUAAAUUCAUCCUUUUGCUUUUCUCCUGUAGACUCCGUGACCUUUGAUCCAGACACAGCUCAUCGCCGCCUCAUCGUUUCUCAGGAUCGGAAAACUGUGAGAUGGGGAGAGACAGAACACCAACUUCCUGACAACCCUCAAAGAUUCAACCCGCGGGUGUGGGUUUUGGGCCAGAAAGGGUUCCAGUCAGGAAAGCAUUGCUGGGAGGUGGAAGUCAAACAUGAUGGAGAAUGGGCCGUGGGAGUUGCCAGGGAGUCAGUGAAGAGAAAAGGAAUGACCGAUUUUAGCCCCACAGAAGGCAUCUGGGCUAUUGGAGAAUAUUGGGGGAAAGGAAAUUACUUGGCUUUUACUGCUCCGCAACACACCAGGCUCUCUUUUAAAAAGAAGCCCCGGCAGAUUCGUGUGCUUCUGGAUUAUCUGUAUCAACAGGUGGAAUUCUUCAAUGCAGAAACAAGGACUUCCAUAUUCUUUUUCUCGAAUGCAUCGUUCUCUGGAGAAAGAGUCUACCCCUGGUUCCGGGUGUGGGAUGGAACCGAGCUUGUGCUUCAUCCGUAACAUCCAACGCUUCGUGAAAAAGGAGUGUCUUCUCAUCUAACCUUCUGCAACUGGCUGCCCUGCUGGCCAAGAAUGGUGGGAGCUGUGGUCUAGCACAUCUUGAGGGUGGCCAACUGGAGUACAUCAUUGGGAUGGUGAACAUUAUUGCAUCAUGUCUCUUGCAGAAAUGCUGACCUCAACCAUCCAUACAGAGAUACCUGACCUCCUUUACCUAACACCUUCUAGAAAUUUUGGGAAUGAUACAUAUCAUUAAGUCACCAUUUUGGGGAAGCCUAGUCUGGACUGUAGUAAAGACCACAACCGAGUUUAUUCUCUGCAGUCAUGAGCAGUGAAUAGAUUCAAAUCUUCUCUCUACAGAGACAGAAAAGCGACAUGUUCAUUUUUAAUUUGAGGUGGCAGCUACAGUUGACCAUGUUCCACUUCUCAGGAGGUCUUAACUGAAAAGAACAUUUGAUGUAGCUGAGCAUUUUUGGAGAAAGUUGGGGAAUGAAAAUGUCUUGCAAUAAUCCUCUUAGUUAUCCUGCUGGGAAGAAGAAGAAUUCGUAAAAAUAGUUUCUCCUCCAUAAUCCCAUUCCACAGAUUUAUGUACACCAAGGUUUGCUUUACCAUAGUUGAGAGGUAAACCACAGUUGAAUGGAUUUGCACAGUGUUUCCACAAACAAGCAAACCCCAUUUUAAUUUUUUCUGUGAAAUGAACCCAGCCAAUUUGAUUUGGUUGAAGAUUACUAAACUAUGUGACAAUUCGCAAUGGCAUAGUGGUUAAGGUGUCAGACUAGGAGUGGUGAGGGCCAGGUUCAAGUUUACUCUUGGCCUUGGAUCACGCUGAGUGGCCUAGGACAGAUCCUUAAUUCUCAGUUCAACCUACUUCAGAAGGUUGCUUUUGUGGGGAAAAAUUGAAGGAGAGAGUGCUAUGUAGACUACCAUGACGUCUUGGAAGAAGGUGGGGUCUUAUUAAAAACAUCUUGUUUUAGCUUUAAUACCUCCACCUAAAGUUAGAGAAGAUUAUAUAUUUGUUGAUUUCUCCAUGCAGAACAGAAUUUUAAAAUUAAAACUGUGAUAGACAACCUACAAUGUGAAUUCCAAGCAAAUCUCAUAUUGCACUCUUAUUAUUGUAUCAUUCUGUUAUUUUUGCACGGUUUUCUUUUCUUUCUGUUACUUUUUAAUCUUAUGUUUGAUGCCCAAUGUUGCAAGCAAACAGAUGGGUGCUAUAUAAAUCACGAAAAUAAGUAAA